CACAGCUUCUCCAAGCAGUCGGACGGGCGUUAGAAGCUCUUCGGAAGAAACCGUUUUCCCCAAUACUUCAAUUUUCUCUAAAUAUUCCUGACGCACACUAGGAUCAAACGUUUUCGUGUGUUUCGUGUUCAUGUAUUCGGACAGUUGAAGGAAAACGAGUUGAGCUCGAGACACGCACAGCAUCCUUCUCUUGUCAAGUUGAGCCUCAUCCGAGCCUCGGGCUCACUGCCCUUCAGCACACUGGAGCGCUUCUAGCACUGUGCACUGGAGUUUGACGGACACAUUUUCUUCUUCGUCUUGGAAGUAUUCGUUUAAGACUGAGAAACAUCGCUAAAUAUAUCGACCGGACUCAAGGACAGGGAAUUAUUUUUUCUCUCACAACGCGGUUACGCAUGGUGGGAAUUUCUACCUCUUUUCAGUAUCGCACUGAGAAGCGCUCCACUAUGCCUGACUCACCUGCUGAUGUGAAAACACAGUCCAGGUUAACUCCGCCCACCAUGCCUCCUCCCCCAACCACACAGGGAGCUCCCAGGACCAGCUCCUUCACCCCCACUGCGUUAACGAAUGGCACCAGUCACUCUCCCACUGCAUUGAAUGGAGCUCCAUCUCCACCCAAUGGUUUCAGCAAUGGGCCUUCAUCAUCAUCAUCAUCCUCGUUGGCCAAUCAACAGCUGCCACCGGCCUGUGGUGCAAGGCAGCUCAGCAAGCUCAAACGCUUUCUCACGACACUACAGCAGUUCGGCAAUGACAUCUCACCUGAGAUAGGAGAACGAGUGCGUACCCUGGUGUUGGGGCUUGUGAACUCCACUCUAACCAUUGAGGAAUUCCACUCCAAACUGCAAGAAGCGACCAACUUCCCACUCCGACCUUUUGUCAUCCCCUUUUUGAAGGCCAACCUACCGCUACUGCAGAGGGAGCUGGUGCACUGUGCACGACUGGCCAAGCAGAACCCGGCUCAGUAUCUCGCCCAACAUGAGCAACUCCUGCUGGACACAAGCACCACGUCACCUGUCGACUCGUCUGAACUCUUGAUGGAUGUCAACGAGAAUGGCAAGAGAAGAACGCCUGACAGAACCAAAGAGAACGGCUUUGAGCGGGAGCCGCUCCACCCUGAGCACCCCAACAAGAGGCCUUGCACUAUAAGCCCUGGCCAGCGCUUCAGCCCCUCCAACGGGAUCUCCUACCAGCCGAACGGCCUGCCGCACCCCACCCCGCCCCCUCCACAGCACUACCGUCUGGACGACAUGGCCGUGGCACAGCACUAUAGAGAUUCCUACCGCCACCCAAACCACCGCGAGCUCCGCGACCGCCCUCGACCGCUGGGGAUGCACGGCAGCACUCGUCCGGAGGAAGUCAUAGAUCACAGACUUACAGACAGAGAAUGGGCAGAAGAGUGGAAGCACCUUGACCAUGUAAGAAAACUCCUGAACUGCAUUAUGGAUAUGGUGGAGAAGACACGGCGCUCUCUGACAGUGUUGCGUAGGUGCCAGGAGGCUGACCGGGAGGAGCUCAACUACUGGAUCCGUCGUUACAGCGAUGCUGAAGAUAUUAAAAAGACAAGCAGCUCCAGCAGCAGUCAGUCCAGACAGCAGAGCCCCGCCAGUCAAGAAAGUAAUGCUUUAGACAUCCAUCGGGAGAUCCUUCACAGACCUGUGUCUGGAUAUGUCCCUGAAGAAAUCUGGAAGAAAGCCGAAGAGGCUGUGAAUGAGGUGAAGAGGCAGGCCAUGUCUGAGUUGCAGAAAGCUGUGUCAGAGGCCGAGCGCAAGGCCCACGAGAUGAUCAGCACUGAGCGAGCCAAGAUGGAGCGCACGGUGGCAGAGGCCAAGAGACAAGCGGCAGAGGACGCGCUGUCAGUCAUCAACCAGCAGGAGGACUCUAGUGAGAGCUGCUGGAAUUGCGGGCGGAAGGCGAGCGAGACAUGCAGCGGCUGCAACACGGCGCGUUACUGUGGUUCCUUCUGCCAGCACAAGGACUGGGAAAAGCACCACCACGUAUGUGGCCAGACUCUGCAGGCUCAGCAGCAGGGCGAGACCCCCGCUACCGUCAGCUCCUCAGCCACCCCCAGCAGCGGCGCCGGCAGCCCCGCGGACACACAAUCCGUCGCUACUCCUCGCUCAGUCACGCCCGGCACACCCUCCACCAUAGAGUCCACGCCGCGCUAGAGCCCCGGGAGGGCCAUACUAGAUGCCUCAGCCAACCAGGGACUGACUCACCUGCCUAACUUGCUCCAAAAUGCUAAAUCUAGCACACUAACAAAGAGAGAAAACUGUACUUAGGGCGAUCACCCACAGGAGGUCCAUUUCGGGUCAUAUUGACUUGCCAUGAUAGAGAACGCAAAGAUAUUCUUUGUUUGAAAUUCUCAUUGUUCUUUAUUGUCACUACAGCUAUUAUCGAUUACUGUUGAUAAUGUCUUUUAUUGUUGUUAUGGCUCUCUUACAUUCUUGUAAAUAAGAAGACAAAUGAAGUAGACAGCCAGGACCUCUCAAUGAGUAUUUGACCUCCACUUCGUUCCGUUUGUUUGUCUGUUUUUUUUUUUUUUUCUCCUUCAUUCCGAUCUUAAAGCUCUUUAUCCAGUAGCUGGGAAAUGAAACUUUUUGACCUCAUUAAAAGACACUUUAAAUGACAAAAACCAAGGAAAUACUUCAUAGCUGAUGAAAGCAAAGACUAAGAAUAUUAUUAAGACAAAAAGACAUGCCAUGGACGGCAUCUGUGUUGGACGUGGUGGAGUAGACGGCGGGCUGAACUCUGCAGAUGUGCAGCAGAUUGUGAAGGAACGCAGAUGUUCGUCCAUCUUCUGCAAGAUAAUAUCCAGGUCAAUGGUCUGAGAAAUAAAAAGCUGUUUCACUGAGGAAUGUAGGGGCGAGGAGGGCCCGUGCUGGAUGUUGAGUACCGCACCACAUAAUGAAGGAUGCGCUCUGAGCCCUGAUCCCAAAUCAACUCCAUCUGCUCCCAAAACAGGAAGUGAAGUCAUGGGCCCACCAGAGCAGGACUGUCAGAACCUCACUAUGACAGCCGCUGGGAAACAAAGGGCUGAGAAAUUACCUAGAAAUCCCAGGCUUUUGGAGCCAGCCCAGAGCUCCUCCUAUCCUCGAAUCCCACCAUCAGUCCUCGUUCUGAUUCUUUUUGCCCUUCUAGAUCUCAUCGUGUUAAACACUUGUGUCCUGUGCCGCCUCCAAUGGUUAUUUAUUGUACAUGUGCUGGACAAUUUUGACGACGCAUUAAUAGUUUAAACCACGAUCACAACUUUUUAGUCUUUCUAGUUGCAAAAAGGAAGAACAUAAUUUCUCUUUUUUUUCUCUCUCUCUCUCUCUCUGGCAAGCUGCUUUUCUAUUCGUAUGUGUUUGUGCUAGUCCCCUUGUAAUUCUCUAAGAAGAAAAAACACUUUUCCCAUUGUCCUCGAAAGACAGACGCUAUCUCUCAGAGCUGCUACUUCAGUCUCAUUCAGAUGUUUUUCUGAGAACUAGCAUGUUACAUGGAAUGCUAACAUAAAUGUUUUUGUACAUGGGACGUACAUAAAUGUAUUUGCACUGUCACGUUUUCUCUCAGCAUGCUUUUUUUGGCAGAAUGGAGCCUCACUUCAUAGGUUAUCUUUGGAGUGCUUCGUUACUUAUCUGUGAUUUUCUUUUCUUGUAAAAAAAAUGUAGAAAAUCUAUGGGAAAAAAAGAGAAAAAAGAAAACGGAAGUAUCACAAUCUGCUUUUGUUAAGAUUUUUUUUCUAAACAUUUUGCUUUGGAUAGUUAAGGACAGUGCAUGCAUUUGCAUACUGAACGCUAUGGUGUGUGUUGUUUUUGUUUUCUACAAAAAAAAAAAAAAGGAAAAAUACAAAAAUUGAAAAUACACUAAGAAACUAACUUUCCAAAAGCAGAGGUGAAAAACAGACAGCUUUAACACUGCAGAGCACCAGGAUACACAGUAUUACAGAAAAAUUAACAUGGAAGACAGCCAAAGACAGACAUGAAGGACCAAAACAUGAUUUUAUCCAAGAUUUAAACAUGACAAAAGAGACAUUCUUGUUUUCUCAACGUGUUUAUCAGGGGAAGCCACAUUGAGCAAUGUUUCCAUUCGAAAACCUUUAACUCUCCCCUGUCCAGAGCCAAGACCAGCCCUGUUCAGCUCGUAGGGAGGAGGAGCCACUCCAAACCAUGCAGCAGUUCCUAAGGAAAGAGGGUUUCACGUGUGGAUGAUGCGGUCUGAAAGAUUGAGCAAUAAUCGAACAGGUGCAGGGUGAGGUUUCAUGACCAUUUUAUUGUCAUCGUUUUUCCUAACGUAUCAUUCCUAGAAAACGGAUUUGUCAUGAGAACGUCGCUCCACAAGGCAACCAGCCCAACCGAACCGAAGCUCUUCUCGUUCAUGAAUGGCGCAUAACCAAACCUUCAAGUGUUUCAGCUCAAGAUAAAAAGCCAUGUGAGACUCUAAAACUAAACAACCUCAUCAAUGGCUUAAAAGGAAGAGGGGUCUAAAUGGGCACUUAACUGCACUCUGACGGCUCACGUCCCCCAAACCAUGGUGCUAAACUCUGCAUUUGAGGAGUGGCUGGCUCUGGAUGCACUCCAGGCAUGCUAUGGUUAAA